UUUUUUUAUUGCGGCAAAACCUCACAAAAGUAACGGCAUUAGCGAUCUUAUUAAAUUAAACUGUUCAUAUUUCAGAAUUAAUAAAUUUGCAUAUUUUUUAACAAUGAAUACAGAUUCUGAAAAGGCACAGUCAUCUCAGGGAGACCCAGUACUUACACAAUUUCUACGUGAAAAACUUAGGGAAAUUUCUCAACACCAGCGGGAAUUGCACCGUGCCAAGUCCAAAGAUGCAUUGCGAUUCGGUUUGGGAGAGAUUAAUAAAAAAGUGGAGGAGAUAAAUAACCUAACCGUAAAAGAUGUAGAAGGUUUAAUAACGCGAAUAAAACGGCGCAAACAUGCAUCGGUAGAGGAAAUGUAUCAAUUGAGUCAUGCGUUCCUGCAGAGUAUGGACCAUAUAAAGUUGUUCGCCAAAGUUCCUGGUAUUUUGCAUAUCAUUGUAAAAGAACUCACCGGUAUCGACUCUGGGCGUCAAAUAGGCGCGGUGGAAUGUCUUUGCAAUUUAUCACUUGGUGAGGCGCCAGUUUGUGAAAAAAUCACAAAUACGGCGGGCAGUUAUUUAGUUACCUACCUGGAUAGCCUUGAUGACCGCUUAAAGCGUACAUCGCUCUGGACAAUUGCUAAUACAGUCUCAACGAGCCAGAAAGCGGCGCAAACUAUCGUACAAAUGGAAAUAAUACCCAAAUUGUGGGACCUAUAUGUAGAUGAUAGUGGCGAUACUGAUCCAACAAACGACUUUAGAGAGGACGCAGCUAUUUGUUUACAGUUGUUAGUAGCGUCUAAUAAUCGAGUACUUAGAGCCCAGGAUUUACUCUUCAUAAAAGAGCAUAUGUGCAAGAAAAAGCGUAGUAGCUUAGCUGGCGAAUACCAUUUGCAACUGUUAUUCCAUACUGAAGUUGUAAAUCCAAUGAUGGAUUUAACUAUGGAGCAAACUAUUUAUUUGGUAGAAUUUACCCUGGAUAAUUUGUGUACCACUGAAGACUUUAUAAGCAAUAGUAAUCGUCUAAGAAUUCUGUAUGGCGUACGCUUAUUGGCUAAUAUGCUAGUAGGCCAGCCACAUACGCUUGGUGUGCUGAUCCAACAAAUAAGAGAUGCUUGGAAUACAAACUUAGAGGAUAUAUUGAACAGAAUUUUUGAAUUCGAAGAAAAGGAGCUAACGUUAGAAACAAUUUAUUUACUGAGGCACUUAGUGCCGCAGCAAGAGGUGGUUGGCCAAACUCUACCAUGUCAAUUAGAAAAUCUUCGAAUUCCAAAAUUUGACGGAUAUGAUGAGUUACUCCGUAAAUGUCAAGGUUAAAUUAUUAUAUAACUGUGAUUAGAGUAUUUUCGAGGAUCAAAUAUGUAUUUUCAAUAAAAAGUCGCUAUAACUAAGAAGUUUA